UCCAGCACUUCAUCGCUGGAAUCUGAUAGGUAAUGUUUUUUGCUUGGCAAAAGAAAAAAAUUCUUCGUUUAGUUUAGAUAAAAUAUCAUUCAUGAAUGAUUAAUUCAAUUGAACUAAUCUGCUCUUUUCUCUCUCUGCAGUUCAGACUUGGGUUCUCUGAUUUGCAAUGCCUUCUUUCAGCAAAAUUCUGUCCGAAGGAGAUAUCAAAAGACAAAUGGCAGUGAAUAGUGACUUCGUGGAUCAUUUGCCGGAACAUAGAGGAGGGGAGACGGUAAAUUUUCCGGUCGUCGACGUAAGGUCGGGAACAACUUGGCAAUUUGGGUAUUACGUCAGGAGGGACGGGCACCCAAAACCGGUUUUUCUAGGAGGUUGGCAUGACUACCGCCGCCACAGAGGCCUCAAAGUUGGUGACAAAAUUACUUUCUGGGCGGACGGCGGCAACUACAGUGUCCAGGCCGAAAGGAAAGUCUCUUUGAUGGGACGUGAGAUUUGGACCUCAGACUUCUAGACAUAUGAAUGAAUAACCAGUGAUGUGGUGGGAGAGGUUGCUGUGGCACUUUCAGUG